AAUUCUUCUAAUUGCACAAAGUGUAACAAACCACGUAACAACUCUCUCUCUCUCUCUCUCUCUCUCCAAAAGGCGGGAAAAAACUGAUUGCACUGCUCAUUCAUGCCCACACACACGCACAAGUAUAUAUAUAUCGGGACAAGAAUCACCUAUUGUUUUGGAGGGAAAAUAAUUUGGAAGGAAAUUAUUAGAUCAAAAUGAGACCAGGAUGGGCAGUGAAGGCGAUCUUAGUGAUAAUCAUCACAUCCAUUUUGAUCCGUUGCGUCUCCGCAACCAACCACACCGUCGGUGGAUCUUCCGGUUGGGAUUUGGCUUCCAAUCUCCAAGCCUGGUCUUCUGCCACUACCUUUCACGUCGGUGACUUUCUCGUGUUCAUAUACACGCCGGUCCACGAUGUGUUGGAAGUGGGGAAAUCGGAUUUCGAAAUGUGUCGCGUAUCACAUCCAUUGAAUGCGUACCGCGACGGAGAGACGGUGAUCUCGCUGAGCUCGGAAGGCAGCAGGUACUUCAUUUGCGGGCGACAUGGAUACUGCGACAUGGGCCUCAAACUUCAACUCCAAGUUCUUCCAAGUCUCAACACUACUACUGCUACUAUUGCUCCUGCUGCUGGACCAUCUGCUCAUGAAAAUCCUCCUCCUCCUCAACCCAGCUCAUCAUCAACCUCGCCUCUGUCGCCUAUUAAUUCUAAUUCUUCUUCUUCUGCUGCUGCGUGCUGCCAUGUGAAUUCAUCUCGCUCCCUCAUCAACUGGUGCUCAUGCUUCCCCUUCAUUACUACGCUACCGCUGCUGUUGUUGCUGAGUUCAUAAUGCUGCCUCUAUCUCCUACGUCCAUGUAUGCAUGAUCUCAUUCACUUUGUCUACUCUUGAUCAUUUUGGUGACCCUCUCGCUCACUCUUUCAAUGUCUCUCACCUCAUCUCAUCUCAUGUGUGCUCUUGUUAAUACUCUCUUACUUGUACACUAUUUUACUUGACAGUUGAAGAAAUAAUAGUCCCCCACCCCCGCCCGAGUGACUUAAUCCUUAAAAUGAUUGCCUUUAAUUUCAUAUU